GGUGUACGCACAUCUUGCUGUCGCCACCUACGAGCGAAGCGAGUGGGUGGAACACCGAGUACUGCCAACAUGGUGUACUCUGCAUCUCAAAUAUUUCGCGCCAUUAACCUGACAACACACUACGAAAUCAGACUGCUUUGUUACUUUGACCUAUUUCACCAUUAAUUGACCCCGAUGCUCUGAUAGUGUCCUCAGAGGGGAGAAAUGGCAACCAUGGCGGACAAAGACCUGCCUACGAUUGCGGAAAUCAAAGCAGCUUCAAAGCUUCUCAGUCAACCCAAUAUGUCCACAAAGGUGGUGAAAAUCAACGACAGGAUCGCAGUUAAAUACGGAUGUGCAGUAUCCCUUUUAGAGGCAGAAACCAUGAAAUUCAUCGCUCUAAACAGCAUGGUUCCCGUACCCAAGGUCUUAGCCGCCUUCGCCGAGGAAGAAACCAGCUUGAAAUUCAUCGUGAUGGAACUCGUCCCGGGCCGCCCUCUUGAAGCGUUACUUCCUACUCUUAACGCUAAAGAGAAGGUGGAAGUUUGUAUUCUAGUUAAGAAUGCAAUUGAUGAGCUUCGAAGAAUCCCGGAACAAAAUUAUAUUGGGGGUGUGAACCGGCAGCCUUUGCACAGUGCAGUUUUCUGGGUGCCUGACCAUGAUCCCACCAUCUCUGGACCUUUCGAUACCGAGGCAGAUAUGAACGAAGGGAUGUUAAAGCAUCUCGCGCAGAAUAAUUCGGCCAUCUAUACAGUUUUUACGGGAUUUAAUGAAUGACACAUUACAUGGUCACAAAACUGUCUUCACUCACGGAGAUUUGCAGCCGAAGAAUAUCAUGGUCAACCGAAUUAGCAGCCCCGAGGAUUUUGAGAUUCGGUUCGAAAUCCACUUGAUUGACUGGGAGGCAGCUGCGUGGUACCCAGAGUAUUGGGAGUUUUGUAUUUCAACAUUUGGAUGCCGCAUUAGACACGAAUGGCUAGAGCUCACUCGAAAUAUCUUACAGCAGUAUCAUCGUGAAUAUCUCAUGAUGCAAGUUAUUUUCAGCAUUGCAUACUAUUAAGUUACAGGACUGACGAGAUACCGAAGAUAAUAUGACCUAACUCUACUCCAU